CCGCGUCGGUCGGCCGCACGCGCAGUCAGCUCUCUCCCUCACCGCCGGGGCUAGGUCGGGGUCAGGGACUUUUAGAGUGCUUGCGUCACGGAGUGUGCCGGAGUGUGUGAGCGUGUUUUGCUGUGGACAACAGGUGGACACCUGUAGACAAUAGUGUUGGCACCUGUAGACAGUUGUGGACACCUGUGAACGGUUUUAGUCUCUUGUGACGGCGUACUGCAGUAACCGACCGUGUGCCGUGUUGACAAAUAAACCAACAGCCAAGUGUUAGUGCCAUCAGUCAUGGAAGGGGCCACCAACCCACUGGACGUGACCCUCGACGAAGGUGGCCAGACGGCUGAAGAGGCCAAAUCUACCACCAAUGGGCGCAAUACAAACGGAGGAGCCGUUAGCAGCGGCGCGCUCCCCUCCAAGGAGCUGGCUGAUGACGAUGACGACCCUCCAACCGGCUGCGGCGGCCUCGGCUUCUACCCGGCACCGCUGCAGCGGCUGGCCUCCCGGCACGUCUUCAUCCUCUUCUUCUGCCUCAAGAACGUCUUCCAAGCCAUGGUGUUCACCUACCUGAUCGGCGUGCAGACCUCCAUCGAGCGCCACUUCCACUUCAGCAGUCAGCAGACGGGUUUUCUCCCCUCCAUCGGUGAGCUGGGUCCCCUGCUGAGUUCGGUGUUCCUCAGCUACCUGGCCAGUCACGGAAACCGACCGCGCUGGAUGGGCAUCGGCAUGGGGAUCGUGACGUGCGGCCUGCUGCUGGGGUUCGUCUCCUACCUGGUGGUGCCGGCUCCGGAGAUCCGUGAUAACACGGCUGAGAGCCGCCGUCUGUGCGUGGAGACGGAACUGCGCCUGCUGUCCUCCGCCGACGGCACGGGGCCCGAGUAUGGCCUCAACGACACCCGGAGCUGCACCAUCGACAGCAGCGGCAGCAACAUCGGCUACCUCCUCUGGAGCCUGAUGUACAUCAUGUGCGCCUCUGGCGCUCAGACGAUUUUCGUCGUCAGUGCACCAUACAUGGAUGACGGCGUCUCACAAAAGGACUCGCCACUCUUCUUUGCGGUGGCCGGCGCUGCCCGUGUGAUCGGCCCCAUCCUCGGCUAUAUGCUGGCCUCGUCAUGUAUCUCCGUCUACGUCAACCCCUCCGUCGACCCAGGUAUCACGGAGAAGGACCAGCGCUGGAUCGGCGCCUGGUGGAUCGGCCUGCUGGUGAUCGCCUCCGUGGUCUGUCUGUACGGCUGGCUCAUCUCGCUGUUCCCGCGGCAACUGAGCACCGACCACCUGUCGGAGGGACAGCGGCAGCAGAUGAGGGAGACGGCGCGGCAGGCCAACAUCCGGCCCUCGCGCAGAGAGUUUGUGACGCGGAUCACGGGCCUGCUGAAGAACGUGAUCCUGAUGUCGUCAACCUUCUCGGUGAUGUUCUUCCUGAUCGCCAUCCUGGGCUUCUUCACGUACCAGCCCAAGUACCUGGAGCACCAGUUCCGCGUGGACAAGGCCACGGCCACCACCUAUUCGGCCAUCAGCAAGGUGACGCUGGUGUUUGGCACCAUUGGUUCCGGGUUUCUGAUGCGCCGCUACCGGCCGAACGCGCGCCUGGUGACGGGCACCAUUGUGGUGGUGCGACUGGUGGCAACUGGUGUGUUCCUCUGUAACCUGGCGGUGACCUGCGGGGUGGCCGACGACCUGCCCGGCCUCCGGACAUCAGACGGCUCGCUCGACAUCAGUCCAUCGUGCAGCACGUCCUGCCACUGCACCACGGAGGAGUACAUCCCCGUGUGCCACCGGUCCGGGGAUGUCAGUCAGUCGUACUUCUCCCCGUGCCACGCCGGGUGUCUGACGGCCGUCAACCACACGGAGGGACCUCCGACCUACACGGACUGUCGCUGUCUUGAGGAGCCGUCCGUCGAGCUGACCAGCGGUCUCUGCGAGGGCAGCUGCGACACUCAGUUCCACACCUACCUCGUCAUCACGGCGCUGACAGGCCUCAUCUCAUCCCUAGUCUCCAUCCCGCAUCUCAUGGUCACACUCAGGUGUGUGAAGCCCGAGGACAAGGCGCUGGGCCUGGGUCUGAACGGCGCGUUCAUAGCGGUGGCGUUCGGCCUGGGCCCCAUGGUGGUCGGCAACCUGGUGGACAGUACGUGCCUCGUCUGGGAGCAAUCGUGUGGAGAAACGGGCGCCUGCUGGGUCUAUGACCCCGAUACCUUCAGACACAGUCUCAUCUGGUUCCACACCGUCUUCUACCUGCUCUCCGUCAUCUGCGACUUCGUCAUCUUCCUCAACUCCAGCUCGCUGAAACUCUACCUGGAUGAGGACUCGAAGAAGGCCAAGGCAGCGCAGAACGGCGAGCCCACUCAGAACGGCGUGGAACUCACCCAAAAACCGGGCGUAUAAAACUCCGAGGAGGUAGAGCCUUCUGCGAGUGAGGAACCAGUCCAACUCUACGACGUGUACACCGGGCCAGACAGACCUUCGGGACGGGGCCGGGACUUCACCUCGUGCUGGAAGGAGCGAUGAGCGCGGAGAUCACUGCAUCCCUGCGCUGGCGUUUGUUCCUAUAUGAAGACAACGUUUUAUUGGUAACGACUUCCGUCCAUAUUCCUAGCCUCGCCCUUGAACUAACAGUAACCUCUCAAGAAGGGUGGUCAGUCAUGAGGCAUUCUCACUCAUCCCAUGGAGGAUUCUCCUAAGAUCUAUUAGUAGGUGUGAGUAUCUAUCGAGGUCAUCUGUAUCAUUGCCUGCAUUAACCCUCGCCCGCACAUGCCAUUUUCCCAUCCUAGAACGCACAUGGGGGGGGGGGGGUUGCC